AUGGCUGAAUUUCCGAAUAAUACUGGUCUCCACCUAAAUAUUAAAGGUAGUGAUAUUAUUAGAAAAGGUACCACAUCAACAUUAUCUGCUCGUCGCGAUAAAAAAGCUUUAUUUGAUCCAUCAACAAUAGAAGAGAAUGCUAACUCUUAUAAUAUGGAUCCAUUAAAAGAUGAGGAACCUCAAGCAAUAUUAUCUGCUCGAUCACCAAGUUUAUUAGCAAUUAAGAAUAAAAUAACGCAACGUGCAAAAACAACAUGUACGACAUCGCGCGGAGAACACAAGGAAGUUGAAAUAUAUACACCUAGAAGAGCACCUUCUAUGUUAACAAAGGAAUCUCCUAGGCCGAAAACUACGUUACAAGAUCGAACUUUAGCUUUCACAAGGAAAAUUUCGAAAGACACUGAAACAGAAAAGAUUGCACUCGAAUUUGAUGAUGAUCCAAUUGCUUAUUUCUCAAAAAGAAAAGAUGGCAGAGGACAUCGCUUUAUUUACCUCAAUUAUGCCGAUGAUAAAUCAGAUCCUUACUUCAAUCCUUACAAACUUGUCAAAGUUCCAUUUGCAGAAAUCAAAUCUGAAUAUUUUACUAUGUCAGCACAAGGAGUCACGCAUUUACAUCCAGAUGGCACAACAGAAUGUGUUCAAAUUGAUAAAUGGGCAACUGAACAAUCUGUUUACGAAUCAGCAAAGCGUCUUAAAUUCUUUGCUCAAUAUUUCUUUUGGAAACCAUUUAAAAAUUGGAAAAACUUUGUUAGACGUCAAAGAUUUCUUGAUACCAAAAACGUUAUUGUCGAACAUAAGUAUUUCAGCUAUCCUGGAUUCUUUAAUACAAAAAUGAAUAUAAUUAAUUUAUAUAUCGACGAAAAACUCAAAUUAACUGUACCAGAACUUGUCGAAAAAUACAUAUUUUCAUUUAACCCACAACAAAGAUACGAAUUAUCAGCUUUCACGCAAGCAACUGCGAAAAAUAUUCUUGCAUUUGAAUCUGCAUACAACGAAUACAUAGAAAAUGUCGAACAUUUAAUGCUUGUUCUUGAUUCGAAGAUAAGAGAUCCAAAAGUAGUUCAAGUUAAGGAUACGGACUUUCCAGAAAUUAAAUUAAGAAAUCCAAACCUCAAAAAACUCAAAUUACUCGAAGAAAGAAAGGCAAAACGCCGUUUAGAAUUAACAAAUAUGGUUAAUAGUCAAAUUAUCCAAUUUGGUUAUUUUAUUCGUGAUGUUGAUAAUAUGUUGAUUGAAACUUUAGCUACAGCAGCCAAUGAAUCAUGGGAACAUGCAAAGCAGAAUGUUUUACAACCAUUAUCUUCUAUAUUUAACAUAGAAGUUUCUUUUGGAUCAAAUGGCCAAGUUGUUUUGACGCCAAAUCUUGAAGAUCUUAUUGCAGAAAUCAAACAUUCAUUCUUACAAGCACGAACCUGUUUGGAUGGUCUUCCUAGAAUCAUUGACAGACCAUGUUUCAAACCUCAUCUUCGCGAAUCUCAUCCAAACUUCCAACAAUUAAUGGAUGAGAAGCCUUCAUUAAUCAAAUACAUGGAUAGAUAUACAUCAAUCAUUGAUGCAGAAGAUACAAUUGUCAACGCUGUCUCUAAUUCAUAUAAAGAAUCUGUAAAAACAUCCGUAGAAUUUGAACAAUUCUUCAAUUUAUUCCAACUUGGACAAUCAUGGACCAUUGAUAAAUACAUAUCUUCUCGUAGCGGCAAACCUGCAGCAUGGAAGCCAGGAGAUGGAAAAUCAAAAGAUUGCAAAGCAGAAGAUAUCGAUAUUGAUACUGAACCAAUCAUUGAUAUCAAAUCUAUCAGAGAACUUUUAGUUUCUUUGCAAUCUAGUGAAAGAGCUCUUGCUGAUUUCACUCCUCAUACUUUAAAAGAUAUGAUUUACAUCGAUUCAAAGCAACUCAGAAACUUUUUGAAUCCAAUUCCAAACACUUUGCAAAACAGAAUUAAAGAUUCAUUGAAUGAAUUGUUAUUAACUAAAUCUGUUCGUGCAAAGAUCGCUAUCAACUAUUACACAACACAGUUGAAGAACAAACCACAGAAUUUGCCCCAUUUCGUGAAAUUCUGUGAAACACUGACAAAAACAUCAGUUAUUAUUAAGAAACUCCAAUUGGAAGCCGAUUUCAUUGACAAUCUUAUCAUUCCUGUCAAUGAAUUAAACAAGAUUUCCAAUGCUACAGAGCUUGCACAGAAUACAAUUCCUCCUUUAAUUUCUGCUUUUGCUGUAACAAAUAAAGAAGCAAAUGAAGCAAAAGCAUCAAUGUUAGAAUUCUACAUUGGAGAACUUAAGAAAUUAUGUGAAACAAUUGAUUUAAAGAUUGCAAAGGCCAAAGAGAAAGUUGCAACAACGCCACGUAAUCUUGCUGAUGUAAGAGUUGAACAACAGAGAGAGAACGUUAUGGCUAUCAAAAAAGAAGUCAAAUUACUCUUCCCUGAUGUUAAAGAAGCUCUUCAUUUCCAAGAAGUCCUUGGCAAAAAUUAUUCCGAUUUCAAGACUCUCGAUCAACUCGUAAAUUACAUCGAUAUGAUCUUGAAGAUGUACGAUAUCAUUGGUGCAUGGAAAGCAAUGGAAAAGAAUGUCUUCCAUACUCCUUUCGAGCUCUUAAGAGCUGAUGAAUUCAAGAAAGACAUUACAAAGAUUAAUGAUGAAACAAAAGAUAUUUCUUCACAGAUGACAUUGAUGCCAGGAAUUUUGAUAGAAUUAGAACACGAAAUAUCAAAAGUCUAUCCAUAUGUCGAAGAAAUUAUCUUAUUGACUACAUCUAAUAUGCAACCACGUCACUGGGAACAGUUAUUCCAGACAUCAGGUUCUUCAAUUCCUUAUAGAACUGAUAUACAAUUGUAUGAAAUUGUUUUGUCAGGAAUUCUCGCAAACCAUAAUCUCAUUGAACAGAUCACUAGCAUUGCCUCGAAUGAAAAGAAUAUCGAAGAUACAUUCAAGGCAAUCGAAACUAAGUGGUCUCAGGUCUAUCUGCCAACAGCUAACGGUCAAAUGAAGGGAGAAGAUGUUUUGAUUAUUGCAGAUACAUCAGAAAUUGUGUCAGAUCUUGAGAAAACAGUUAAAAAGCUUACAGAAAUCAACAACUUGCAAUUUGCUACAGGCGUCAGAGAGCAAGUUGUCAAGAUGAUUUCUACAUUACAGAAUGCUGCUUUAGUGCUUGAAGAAUGGCAGAAGUUCCAAAUGAAUUGGAUUUUGCUUUCUACUUUGUUAAACACAGAAGAAGGAAAAACAAAUUUGGCACCUCAAGUUUCAAAGUUUGGACAAGUUAGAAGACGUUGGAUUUCUAUUGUUAAGCAUUCCUACAAAGAUCUUACAUUAUUAAAUGUCUGUUCUUAUCCUGCUUUGUUAGAAUCAAUGCGUGAAAACAAAGAAACAUUGGAAUCAAUCAUUGAAACACUUGGCAAAUUCAUUGAUUCUAAGAGAGAAUCAUCUCCAAGAUUGUUUGCACUUGGAAACAGCGAUAUUUUGUCAUUGCUCACUUAUUCAGGUGUUGAAACAUUACAAAGAUUUGUUCCUCGUUUGUUCAUGAAAGUCAGAGCAUUAGAUGUAAGUGAUGAUCAAAACAUUAGCCAAUCAAUGAGAAGAAUCAAAGUUGCUGGUUUCAUUGGCAAUUCAGGUGAUGUCUUUUCAUUGGAGAAACCUGUUAUUAUUACAGGACCUCUUGAAAAUUGGUUGAAACAGUUGAUAGAUGCAUCUCAUGAAUCAUUACUUAAAACGAUCAAAUCUAUUUUGUUCAAAUCAGCAACAAUGCAAAUUACUGAUUGGAUUUUGAAUGUUCCUGUUUAUGUAGCUUAUAUUGUUUUCUGUGUUGAAUUUACUCGUGAAGUUGAAGAAUGCUUCAAUGCUUAUGAAUCUAAUAUUAGAUCAUUCUCAACUUAUGAAUCGAGAUUGAAGAAUAGAUACAACUCUUUGAUCACUUUGUUAGAUACUCCUAUUACUCCUAAAGAAGCUCACAAGAUCUCAACAAUAUUAACAAUAAUAAUGAACCAUAUUGAUAUCAUUCAUCAAUUUACUGAUGGUUUGCAAUCGAAAUGGAUUUGGCAACAGAUUCCUAAACUUAAUUUCAUUGAAUCCCAAAACAAAUGCACAAUUUCUUAUGAAGACAAAGUUGAAUCAUUUGGAUUUGAGAUUUGGGGAGAUGUAAGACCAUUCAUUUUGACACCACAAAGCCAAAAGAUGUCAAUUUCUUUGAUGCAAUCGAACUUCCCAACAAUUGUUGGUUCACCAGGAACAGGAAGAAGAUCAUUGAUCAAGUACAUGGCUUCACAUUUCGGACGAUACAUUCAUUCAAUUCCUGCUUUACCAUCAAUGAAUGGAGAAAUCAUUUCUCAAAUCAUUAAAUGUGUUGCAACUUCCGGUUCAUGGGUUAUUUUCAAUGACAUUAACAAGAUCAAGAAAGAAGCUUUGUCAAAUCUUUCAGAUUUAUGUGGUUUGUUCCAUGAUGGACAACAAAAUGGUCAAAUGAUUAUCAAUGAUGAAACAUUUAAUUUCGUUCCAAGUUCCAAAGUUUUCUUCACAUCUUCUGUUCCACUUUCAAAGUCAACCACUAUUCCAGAGCAGCUUAAAUCAAUCUUGAAAUCAAUUGCUUUAUCAACACCAGAGAAGAGAAUUUUGAUUGAAAUGCAAUUGGCUGCAAACGGAUUCAAAUCUUCCAAGCAACUUUCAAUCAAGAUCAAUUCAACAGUUACAUCAAUUGUUGAUACAUUUGGAUGGGUUCUCAGAUCGAACACCAUGCUUAAUCACAUUUUCUGCAUCAUAAACAGGAUGAAGAAAUAUAUCAGAGAUUCUAAAUUCCCACAGUCCAAAUGCCCAUAUACACAAGCAAAUGAAAUUGAAGAAUUCAUUGCUUCGAGAGCUAUUUAUCAUCAUUUUGUUUCAUUGAUUGAUGAAUAUCAAAUUGAUUCAUUAGUUCAAACAAUUUUCAUCACAUUCCCAUUGAGUGAAAACACAGAAACAAUGAAGUCUCGUCUUGAAUCGAAUUAUUACUUCGAUUCUGAUUCAAUCAUUGAUUUAAUUGCAACACAAUUAACAUCAAUGACAAGCAAUUUGUCCAAUGGAAAGUAUCUUACAAAUCAAGCUCUUAAUUUGUUCGCACAAUUACAAUCAAGAAGAAUUAUUAUCAUCCAUGGCGAACCAGGUUCAGGAAAGACAAAUGUUUUGAACUUGUUGAAAGAAGCAAUUGACCAAACAAUUUCGAUUUAUGCUGAUAAACCAAAGCCUCCAAAGAUCACUCCUUUGCAUAUCACUCGUUUAUUCCAUCAUUCGAAAGAUAUGAAAGGAAUCUUUGGCGAUUGGCAACAUAGAGAUGCCGAAAAUGUUACUGUUUGGAAUAUUGGACAAGCUGAUGUUCUUCUUGAAAGUAUGAUGUCUAUUGAGAAGAAACUUCACAAGAUUUUAGUUUUCGAUGGACCAUUGAACUUAGAUGCAUUGGAGUUUUUAGUUGGAAUUGCUGCUGAUGAACAAUCAGUUGUUAAUUCAAUGAAUGUUGUUGAUUUCAAGAUGAAAGGAAAACUUACUUUGGUUAUCGAGACUGAUACAGUUAAGAAUUUAAUUCCUUCUCAAAGUGGAAUGUGUGGAUUCCUUCAUAUGCGUGGUGUACAAGAUAACUGGCUUGAAACAUCUGAAAUCAGAGACUGCCCAGCAAUUAUUUCUCGUGUUUUCCCAGCAAAUCUUUCUCCAAGUAUUUUCUCAAUUUUCGAAGAAAUUUUGCCUCCAACUGUCAAAUACAUUUAUCACACUCCAAACAUAUUAUGCAACUAUGAAGAAUACAGAAAGAUAUCAGGUGCAAACUCUGUUCUUUCCGACUUCCUUACUACAACAGCUGUUAAGUUAUUUGAUGCUUUGAUUCAAACAGGAGGAGUAACAAUUGAUGAUGACGAAAACAUCAGAAAAGGAGCUGUUGCAGCAACAUUCCAUGCUUUCCAAGGAAUUCUUGAUGAAAAUCAAGCAACACAAUUCGAUCUUUGGUUAAGAUCAUCAUUCAAAAUCACAGGAAUUCCCGAGUUUAACAAUGAUGAAUCAAUCCCACAUUGUUUCUCCAUUUCUUUCCCUAAUGCAUCAUUAAUGACUCAUGUUUUAACGAAUAAUGAAUUUAAUUUGAUCAAAUUAGAUGCAAUGAAUGAAAUGGUAUUAGAAAGAGAAGAUUUAAUCCCAACAACAAUGAGAGAAUUAUCUGUUGCAACACCAGAAAUAAUUGUUUCAAGUUACACAUUGGAAUUGGCUUUGAAGAGAAAGAUUCCAACAAUUAUUUUAGGAGGAAGUGGAAAGGACACAUUCGUUAACCACUUCUUUAAGAACAGAAAAGAAUAUUUGGCAUUGCAUAUCUAUGUUUCUCCUCAAUACUCUAUUGACUCCAUUGUCGGUUUGAUUGAUUUAUGCACAGAUUUGACUAAGAAAUUCUCUGAUUCACAACAAGGAUUUAUUUUGGUAUUCCAUAAUGUUGAAAAGGCUUGUGAACAAGUUUUAGAGUUCAUCAGAAUGAUUGUUGCAACCAAGACUUUGCUUACGAACUCCCAAUCAUAUAUCAAAGGUUUCGAGAACAUCAAACUUAGAAGAUUUAAUGUUGUUUGCACUACUUCUUCUUACAGUGAUCUCUCAGCUCGUUUCAUCUCUCGUUUCUUACCAAUAAGACUCAACACAAUGUCUACAGCAUCAGUCAGAUUUGUUGCUGAAAGAUUACUCAAAGCAAUGUCCGUUGAAAGCAAGUUAUCAGAAGGAAUUGCUGAUGUUUUGGAACAGACAAUGAUGCAAUUGUCAGAUUUUCCAAGAAACAUAUCAAACAUCAUUUAUUUCAUCGAUGGAAUUGGCCAGAUGAAAGAGAAAUAUGCAAAAGAUGAAAAGAUGAUGAUUGAUGCACUGAGAAUGUUUAUUGCUGAUAUCAGAACAUUCUUCUUUAAUGAAUACAUCAGUCAAUGGGAUAUUUUCACUCAAAUAUUCUUGACUAAUUUCAAGGCAUCACAAUUGAUAGAAGAAUUCAAGGAUGAGAAACAAAUAUUCAUUCCAAACAUCCAAAAACCAAAGGGAGAGAAUCCAUAUAUCAAUGGAACAUUCGAAACUUACGCAAAUAUCACAGAAGAACUUAAUCUUUAUCUCCAAGUUUACAACAAAUCUCCUGUUGAAAAACUCGAUAUUCGCUUAUAUACAGCAUUGCUUAAAUGUUGGUCAUCAUUUAGAAGAACUCUUCAGUUCCCUAUUUCUUCAAUUAUCCUCAGAGGAAAAGAAGGAAGUGGAAGAUUAUCUUUGUCAAGAUUCCUUGCGAAUAUGUUACAGUAUGAUUUCGUUAAUAUUGCAGAUGAUCCGUUCAAUCCAAUCACAAUUCCUUAUCUUUCUGCUUUAUUAACUGAUAUCUGCAUGAAUUGCACAUUGAUGGAAAAGAAAUGUGUUUUGUUCAUCAGACACAAAGGAGAUAAAAUCUCUCAAGAAUUGCAAUUCAUCAUCAACUUCAUGCAAGGUUUCUCUUUCUCGAUGAUUCUCAGCAAGCAACAACAAGAAGACAUCUACAUGAAAUUCACAGGAAGAACAUUAACUAAGCCUGAACAAUAUGUACAAGCAUACAACAAACUUAGGCAAGUUCUUUCUGAAAGCCUCCACAUUAUCAUUGCUGUUAAUGAUGGUGCUUGCAGUUUACCACUUAAUUUACCAAUAAUUGACUUCAAUUGCACAGGACACAGUGAUUACGAAGAAAUUGCUAAGACAGCUGUUACAAAUGAACAGAUGAUGAAUGUCUUUGGUGUCCACUCAAGAACAUUGCCACGUAUAUUGACAACUUUGCAUGAACAAGCAUCAGAAAUCAUCAAUUACAAUCAUAAGAACAAAUUCUUUGAUUUCAUUGAUACAUUUUGCAAACAAGCAAAUCAAGAUUAUAUCAAUUUGGUUGAUAGAUCUCGUAAUCUUCUUGCAACAAUCAAUUUCUAUAAUGAUCUCAAAGAUGAAUCAGUUCAAACUCUCAAAGAUUACGAAAGAGUUAGUCCUGGUUUGCAAAGAGUUGCUGAUGAUGUCGAUGCUUUGACAAUAAGUUUCAACUCUAAGAUGCAAAACAUUGUUCAAAGAAGAAAAGAAAUAGAAAAAGAAGAAGGAGAUAUGUUGAGAGAAAUUCAUUCAUUGGAAACAUCAUUGAACAGAUUAAACGCAGAUCAAAACGAAUUGUUACCGAAACUUAAUGGUUACAGGGAUGCAGUUAAAAACUUGACUGAUAAUGAUAUCAAGACUCUUCGUUUGAACUUGAUUGAACCUCAAACAGAACUUAAAUUGUUGUUAGAAGUUUUGUGCGCGUUCAUGGAAUUGCCAAUUUCAUUUGAACCUCAUGGAAGAGAUCUUCUUAAUGAUUCCAGAUUCGUGUCAAAUAUUAUCAGUAGAAUUGACCACAAUAACGUUGAUAAAGCAAUUAAAGAUGCAGUGGAGCCAUACUUCCAACGCCCUGAUUUCAGUGAAAAAGUCAUGGAUAAUGCUGCUCCUUCAAUGAAGACAAUUUAUUUGUGGUUGAAAGCUGUCAUUGAAUAUUCAAAUAACCUUGAAGAAAUAACUAAUUUGAAAGUUAAGUUGUCUAACAAUCAAAUGGAGUUUGAUGAAAAGAAGAAAUCUCAUGCAGAAGAGAAUGAUAGAAUGUCAUCAAUGGAGAAGCAGUUAGAAGAAGAGAAGAUGGCACUAAGAUCAUCUCUUCAAUCCAAAGAACAAAUGGAAAUCAAAUUCGAAAACAUCAAAAAUCGUCAAGAAGCAAUCAAUGCAAUUCUCUCUGAUAUGGAUGAAUUCCUCAUGAAAUGGGCACAAGAAAGCAAUGAAAUCACCACACAAAGAGAGUUGAUCAUUGGUACUGCUUUGUUGAUGUCUUAUUAUGUUAACUAUGGUUCAAUGGUUUCUGAUGAAACAAGAAGAAAAUUAAUUGAUGUUGUUGUUAAAGAAAUCAGAGAUUCUGGAUUGGUUCUUCCGAAUGAAACUCCAAUGACAACAAUCAAUGAUAAAUUGUUGUUCGAUAGUACAAAUGAAGAAGAUAUCUUCAAUCCAGCAGAAAAUGUCAUUUAUGAUGCAUCAUUUGAUGUUUACAUGACUAAGUUUGUGAUUAGAGCUCCAUUGAUAUUAGAUACAGAUGGCUUCGCAUUGCUUUACUUCACGAAGAUGUACAAGACAAAGAAUUAUGUCAUUUGCUCAUGUUUGAAUGAUAAUUUCGAACGAGAAGUUUUGCAAUCAAUCAAAGAUGGAUCAACACUAAUUGUUACUGACUUUGAUAAGAUGCAUCCAUUAGUUAAUCAGUUGUUAACAAUGGUAAGGAUCGGUCCAGAAAACAUUGUAUCAAAGAAUGUAAAGAUUGCAAAUAAGACUGUUUCAUUAAAUCAUUCAUUCAGAUUGAUAUUGAUAACAAAUCACAGAACAAUAAAAGAUAUUCCUCCUCAAAUUUUGUCAAGAGUUUCUCCAAUCAAUAUGUCUUCUUCAAGUCUCAAAGCUUGCAGAACAAUCAUAUUCAACGAAGUCAUUAAUGGAUAUGUUCCAGACAUAUUGUCAUCAGUUCUUGCAGAUAGAAGGAAUAAAAUCGAGAGUUCUGUCAACUACAAAGUCAAAGAAAGAGACACAAUUCUCACUGUUGUCGAUGCAGUCAAUAAACAAGAUGAAAAGAAAGAAUACGACUGCAUCGAAGAUAAAUCAUUCCUUGCUGAUAUUGUCAGAUCAAAGAAUGCUUUGUUUGAAGCAAGAAGACAACUUGAGGAUUCAACAAGUGCAAUGUCCAAACAAAAGAUCGAUAUCGAAGUAUUCGAAUCAGUUGCAGAUCGUCUUACUGUUGUUUGGGAAUCUCUUUCUGUUUAUGCACCAAUGAUCAACGAAAAUUACAGAUUUUCAUUCCAAAACUACAUUGGAAUUGUCGUGAAAUCUCUUAAUUUACCAGGUUUCGGACAAAUCACACUUAAACCAGAACAAGCAGAACAACUUGCUCAAACAUUGAUGCAACAAGUUCUCUUAAACAUUUUGCCAGGAGUUUCUUAUAGAGAUACGAUGGCGAUUUUGUUCAUUAUUUCCUCAUUGAAACAAAUUGGCGAUGGAAGACUCAAGCAAGUUGAUUUCGAAGCAAUAAUUAGACAUCUUUCUGAUCAAAAAGAUGCUGUAUUUGAUUUCAAGACUGUUGAUUUAACUCUUGGAGAACCAUUUGAUCAUCUCAAGUUCACAAACAUCACGAAUUUCUUCAACUACAUUCAAAAAGCAAUUAAUUUGAAUGUUGGAAGUGAUUACUUACAAUUUAUGAAACCAUUUGAAGUUGACAACAUUAUUUCUCCUGCUGCUUCUGUUCCUUCAUUAAUCUUGUACACAACAAUGUCUCCUUAUUCAUUGAUCAGAUCAUUUAUUUCAAACAGAACAAGAGGAGACAAUUUCAUCACGAUUUCAUUAGUUGGAGAUUCAGCAACAAUGAAUAAUAACAAGAAGAUAAUUGAUAAUGCAAUGAAGAAAGGUCUUAGAGUUUUGUUGAAUGUUUGUAACUCAGAUGAAUGUGUUCUAGAGUUAUUAAAUACAGUAACAACAGCAAUUACUACAACAUCAAUCCAUACUAACUUUAGAUUGAUUGUUUGUGCACCAGAAACAGCUAAAUCUCUUCCAAAUAUCUUAUUGACAUCAAGUGUUAGAUUGUUCUACAACUACAGUCCAUCAAUAAGAGAUCCGAUGAUGCAGUUGUUCAAUCAAUUGCAAGGUAUCAUUAGAACGGCUACUAAUGGUGUUGCAGCAAAGAAGAUUGCUUAUGCAGCAUCUCUUGCAGCUGCAAUAUUGAGCUUCAGAAGAUUUAUUGAACCAAUUGGCUUGGAUCAUUCCAUUGAUGUUCCUUUCGAAGAAUUGACUGCUUCCAUAACAAGAAUCAUUACUUUGUUGGAUAAUUCGCAACAAAAGGAAAUCCCUAUCAGAGCAGUAAGAGAUUAUCUCCAAGAUAUUGUUCUUGGAGGCUCCGCUUUCGAUGUUUUCGACAGAAGAAAGAUAAGAGCUUUAGUUUACACAAUUUUCUCCGGAGAUUUCUUCAAAGAAGGAUUUUCAUUCGUUGCCGAUUCCGCUGAUAAAGAUAAAUACGACAUUCCUCAUGGAGCAACACUUCCAAUGUAUACAGCUGCUGUUGCUAAACUUCCUAUCUUCCCAUCAACAGAUUGCCUCAAUGUAAACAGCACUGGAUGGAAUCCUAUUAGGAACUGGACACUUUCAAGAUGGUUAGUUUCGUCGUUAGAAAAAGUUGUUGCAAAGCAAUUACCAAGACAAAUUGAUAGCGGUGAAUACAUGAUCAGAUUGAAGUCAUACAUGGUUUCUAUUCCAGAAAGAAUUGGUACAGGAAGUUUGGCCAAAUUUGUGUCUCCAACUGGAGUAAUAAUUCGUGGCGAAAUCAAUGACCUGAACUCAAUAAUUGAUUCAUUGAGAUGCAAAUUCACUGAAGAACCAUUCUCCAAUGAAGUUUCCGAAUUCCUCCAUGGAACUGUUCCUGAUUCAUGGAGAAACAUUUCAAGAUUUGAUUCGACAAAAUCAUCACAACAUUUUAUUUCACAAAUUGGCGAAAGAAGAGAAUUUUUGAUGAACUAUUUGCAAGACCAAACAAUUUCUUACGUCAGUGUUAGAUUGAUAUCCAACAUCAGAGGUCUCUUACAAGCAUUCUUAACUGAGCAGAUCACAGCAAGAAAUCUCAGUACAGACAAUGUUGGAUUAGAAUUCAGUCCAAUUGAUAGAGAAGCAAAGACGAAACCACCUCAAUCAAUAGUCUUGAAAGACAUUUCUUUGGUUGAAGGAAGAUGGGCAGCAGAGCCACAAAAGGUAUUUGUUGAUAGAGAUACUAAAGUUGCUGAAAAGUUCCUUAAUCUCUGCGUAACUGUUAGUAAGCCAUCAACAGAAAAAGUUUUAAUGUGUCCUUUAGUCAGAACAUUGAAUAUCUCAGGAAUUUCAAGAUCAUCUGCAAACACUUACACAGAUGGAUGUCCAGAUAACUUAAUUUGGUACGUUCCACUCGCUUGCGAUGCUCAACAACUUGUUCCAGUAGCAAACUCAACAUGUUUAGUUUGUGUUUUACCAGAACAAAUGGAAUUGUAA